GGGGGGUAGGGAUGUCGACACUGCCGCAAACAAGAUGAGGAGAACGAGGAGGAAGGAAAGGAGGAUGAAGAAGCAUAGAAGGAGGAAGAAAAACAACACUACGAGAAGGAGGAGGAGUAUCGUGACAACGAUCAUGGCGCGCCAAUGGACAAGGAGGAGGAGAAGGAGGAUGGCGAUGACGAUCAUGGCGUGACGAUGGACGAGGAGGAUGAGGAGGAGGAAGAGGAAGAGGAGGAGGAAGAGGAAGAGGAAGAGGAGGAGGAGGAGGAAGAAGAAGAAUACUGGGAGGAGGAGGAAAAGGAGGAGGUAGAAGAAGAAGAAUACUGGGAGGAGGAGGAGGAGGAUGGUAACGACAACGAGGAGGAAGAGGAGGAGGAGGAAGAAGAAGAAGAAGACUGCGGGAAGGAGGAGGCGGAGGAUGACGACGAUGAAGAAGAAGUACAGGGGGAGUCGGCGGAGGAGGAGAGGGAGCAGGAGGGGGCCACGAUAAUGAAUGCAAAUCGGGACGCCACAACGAUGGAUGAGGACGCGGAGGAGGAGGACGGCGACGGCGAAAAGAAGGAGGAGGACGAGGGGGAGGAGGACGAGGAGGAGGAGGAAGAAGAAGAAGAGCAGGAAGAGGAGGAAGAAGAGGAGGAAGAAGAAGAGGAAGAGGAGGUGGAAGGGGAGGAGGACACCGACGGUGGACGAGGAGGGAGAGGAGGAGGUGGAGGACGAGGAAGACGAAGAAGAUGAGGAGAAGAAGGAGGAGGAGGGGGAGCAGAAUGGCCAGAUGGAGAGGGGGUACUACGAACCCCCAAAAACAUCACCGCA